AUGAGCCUUAUAGCCUUGUCAGCCGCUCUUAUCGCUGCUUUAUGGCUGGCUAAAAUCCUAUACCGAGGCAUUUCAUUGAGGCUCAGAUUCCGCGCCAUGCAAGCCCAUGGCCUGCCCGUCCCAGAGCCACACUCCUUUCUGUAUGGCCAUAUUCCGUUGAUGAAGAGUUUAAGGGAAGGCCUACCGAAAGAUGCUCAUGACACAUACGUCCAUAGGAAACUCACCAUGAACUGGCCCAAGUACUUCCCUCUUCAAAAGAAGUGUCCCCCAGUCAUCUACUUGGACCUCUGGCCUCUUACCUCUCAGCCAUUCGUAUAUGUUACGAGUCCGGAGACCUGUUUCCAACUUACCCAGCAGACGGCUCAACCAAGGCAUUCUAUGUUUUCGUGGGCUCUAUUCCCGGUGACUGGCGGUAAGGACUUGAUAUCGAUGGACAUGCCAACACACCGUAUUUGGCGUUCUAGAUUGAACCCUGGGUUCUCACCAAAGAAUAUUUUAUCGCAAGCCCCUAUCCUGAUCGAAGAGGUCGACAUCUUCAUUCGGCAAUUAAAGGAGCAAGCGGGCAAAGAUGGGGCGUUUGGGAAUUUAAUCAACCUUUACGAUAGAACAGUGGCGCUAACAUUCGAUAUCAUCAUGCGGGUUUCUCUCGAUCUGGAUAUAGGGGAACAGACUCGGGGUCCAACACCGAUUCUUAUGGCACUAAGAAAAUUGAUCAGCUACGUCAAAGGACCAACCAUCUGGUCCAAGCUCGAGCGGUGGACACCGUCAUACCGCCAAGACGUUACCUUAAACUCCAAAAUAUUACGCGAUAGUCUGCUGCCUCAGAUAAAGUCGCGCUUGCAGCCAGAUGCUAGCAGCGAGAAGACUGUAAUCGACCUCGCUGUCAAAGAGUAUAAGAACGAAUACGGGAAUGAAAAUCGACAGCCAAGUCCAGAUUUCAUCAACACGGUUAUAUCCCAGCUCAAGCGCUGUAAAUGCUGGGUCUUGUACGAGAUUAAUAAGUCCCCCGAAGUUCUGAAACGGGUCCGGGAAGAGCAUGACGAAGUCCUUGGCUCCGACGCGAAGCUCGCGGCGCAGGUACUUUCGCUAGAACCCCACAAGCUCAACAGCCUGCGAUACACGACGGCGGCUAUCAAGGAGUCUCUUCGCCUUCACCCAUUAGGAUCGACGCACCGCCGAGGAAGUCGGGGUUUUAACUUUGUAUGCGAGGGGACCACUUAUCCCACCGAAGACUCCGUCAUCUGGACAAGCCCGACCGCCGUACAUCUGCGUUCUGACUUGUGGCCGCGAGUUAUGGAGUUCCUACCCGAGCGCUUCCUCGUUGCCGAAGGUCAUCCGCUGCAUCCGGUCAAGAACGCGUGGCGCCCCUUUGAGCUGGGGAAUACGAGGUGCAUCGGCGAGGAGCUAGUUAUGGUUGAGAUGAAGCUUGUGCUAGCCCUAACCAUGCGCGAACUAGAUUUUAAGUUUGAUUGGGAAGGUUGGAACACUCUACAGAGACGUGCGGCACCACCGGAUUCUGUGGAGGGAGAACAUAUUUACCGUGUCGGUAACGGCAUCGGAAGCGUCAAAGACAAGCUUCCUACUCGGAUUCGACUUAUAUAACUUUUAUACUCAGUAUCAUCAAAAUGCUGAAGCUCUGGUGUCUGAUUCAGCUUGUGUGCGGA